ACUAUAAAUAAGUGGGUUGAUUGAGUGAUAGAACCAGAAUUCGAGACCUAAUCCAAAGGAGAAGUAACCAUGCGUCCUAUUAUUGCGCUAUCCCUGGUCGUCCUGGCCACGCUGGUUGCCCUGUCCUCGCAGGCAUCAACAUCGCCCACGAGCAGCUCCACUUCGCCUACGAGCAGUUCAUCCACCUCGCCCACGAGCAGUUCCUCCUCAUCGGACACAACGGCCACUACCACUACCACGACCACAACCGCCGCGGCCACCACCACCACCACCACAACUGAGGAGACCAAGAAGAGGCAUCGCCGCAGGCACCGCCGCCGGAGGAUCAUCAUCAUCCGACGCGGUGGCGGUGGACUAAGGCGCCGCAGAGAGCGUGGCGGCGAAGAGGAUGGUGGCCGCGUCGUGAGGCGCUUCCGUGUGCGCGAACGAAGAUUCAGACGUCGUGAUGCCUUCUUCAAAAAAUAGACUUACUGAUAAAUGACUCCAAUAGUAAUUACUUUCAUGCAAUACAAUAAACAGCAUAUGUAUGUA